UUCAUUUUCAAGCGAUUUUGACGUGUGAUGGUCGUUUUACAAAACCAAUUAUUUGCGUCUGUUCUAAUAUAAUUGAUUGAUCGGCUAAUAAUUAAUAUAGCUCUACAUUGAGUGAAGCAAUCGUCUCAGUUAACUGAAGGAGUCUCACUUAAUAAUAAAGAUGAAUCCAACCUCAAACAUAACCGUUGCAUCGCCGAAUAUAAAAUACACAGAGGAUUAUAUAUUUUCGGAAUAUGACUACGAGGAAACUUUAGUUACUAAGUGUGAGCGUGAAUUAGUGGCAAAACCCUACCGCACUUCGCUGUCUAUACGCACAGGUCGCAAAGUGGGCAAGUUAGGAGUGAUGCUAGUGGGAUGGGGUGGUAAUAAUGGAUCCACAUUCACUGCAGCUGUGUUGGCCAAUCGCCAUCAACUGUCAUGGAACACAAAGAAUGGACACAUGAACGCAAACUGGUAUGGAUCAAUAACACAAGCUUCGACAGUCAGACUGGGCCUUGAUGAGAAUGGAGGCGAUGUGUUUGUCGCAAUGUCAAAACUCCUGCCUAUGGUUCACACAGAUGAUUUGGUGAUCGAUGGCUGGGACAUAAGCCCGAUGAACUUGGCGGAAGCCAUGGGACGCGCCAAGGUCAUCGACUUCGAUCUCCAGCACAAACUCCGCAAGGAGAUGCAAACCAUGAAACCGAGGCCGGCCAUAUACGAUCCUGAUUUCAUUGCAGCUAACCAGGCUGAUCGCGCUUUGAAUCUCAUUCGAGGGACGCGGUAUGAGCAGUAUCUCCAAAUCAGAGCCGACAUCAAGGAUUUCCGUGACAAGAAUAAGCUGGAUAAAGUGAUCGUGCUCUGGACGGCUAACACUGAGAGAUUCUGUGAAGUAGCCGUUGGAGUCCACGAUACAGGGGACAAUCUCGAAAAGGCUCUUCGACAGAACAACUCUGAAAUCUCUCCUUCCACCAUCUUCGCCCUGGCUGCCGUCGAUGAAGGAUGUUGCUACAUCAACGGAUCGCCUCAAAAUACAAUAGUGCCCGGAAUAGUCGAUCGCGCGGAGCAAACUGGAGUUUUCGUCGCUGGAGACGAUUUCAAGUCCGGACAGACGAAGCUCAAAUCCGUUCUUGUCGAUUUCUUGGUAUCAGCUGGUUUAAAGCCAGUGUCGAUCGUGAGCUACAAUCACUUGGGCAACAAUGACGGGAAGAAUUUAUCGGCCCCAAGGCAGUUCCGCUCCAAAGAGAUAACGAAGAGCAACGUUGUGGACGAUAUGGUAGACUCGAACCGCUUGCUGUACAAGCCGGGAGAGAAACCGGACCACGUGGUCGUGAUCAAAUACGUGCCCUAUGUAGGCGAUUCCAAACGAGCAAUGGACGAGUACACGUCAGAGAUCCUGCUGCACGGCACCAACACGAUUGCCGUACACAACACUUGCGAGGACUCGCUGCUGGCCGUACCUCUCAUCCUAGACCUGGUUCUGUUAGCGGACCUUUUCUCUAGGGUCUCAUUCCGCAGAGACGAAGCUCAAGACUGGAGUCCCAUGCACACGGUGAUGUCGUCGCUGGCGUACCUUCUUAAAGCGCCGAUGGUUCCGGGCGGGGCGCCCGUGGUCAACGCGCUGUUCAAACAGCGGGCUUGUAUCGAGAACAUCAUGCGUGCGUGCCUCGCCCUGCCGCCCACACACCACAUGCAGCUCGAACAUAAGGUACCAUUUUUGAUGACGGAACUUCACACUGGUGCAAUGUUCAGGUCGCCUCCACCGGCGAAGAAGCAAAAAGUGACACAGAAAAACGGCGACCAAUAAGUUUGUAAUGUUUGGAAUUUAUAACAUGGCUGAAACUCAAUUAAAGGAAAACUUAUGUACGUACCUCCGAAUUAAAAGUGAAUAGGCAUCUUUGGUUCCCAUCUCUCUUGAUACUUGAUACAUAUGGGUUCCAUCAAUGAAGAGUACUAUCAAAAGCAUUGCUCAUUUGUUAUAAGUAAUUUUUACUUCUUAUAACGGCGACCUUGUUUUCUGUAUAUUUGUACAGCAUGACCACACAAAGUGAAACCGGAGUCAAAACUCGUAAAUCACACAAUACGCUAGACUAUAUCUAUCAACGUAACGAUUGCAUGUUGUGAGUCACCAACAAGUUUAUGUGAGAUACUCUUUUCAACUAGUGAACAGUCAACACAGGAAUAAAAACAAAAUAAAAACUGCUCACCAAACUUAGAAAUAGCCCCGUUGACAAGUUUCACACCAAAAACGUUCACUCGUUUUGUAUAUGCCUUGAUAAAAAAAUAUAAUAUGUGUAAUAUUAACGAAAAAAAUUCGGUGUAAUAGAAAAGCCCAAUAGCGAUGCGUUCGACGCGGUGCGACGGCGAUAUCAAUCACAGUUCCGGUCAUUCACUAUUGCCAUAAAAUAAAAGAAUAAGUACUUAAUAAAGUUUUGAAACUGCAUACAAUUUAUAAUAUGAAUUUUUAAUUUUUAAAUAAUAUAAAUUAAUUUAAGAGUUUCAUUCGUGGUAUAAAUUUCCUUAUUUUAGUAUUGCUACUUAGGGAAAAAUGCUAAUAUAUCUCUAAUUUUAUUACGUUUUCAUUAAAACAAACACUUUUUUCGAUACGUUAACAGCGAUAAUAUAUUUUAGUUGUUUAUUUAUCUCUUACAUUCCUCGUUAUGAUAGCACAAACCUGUGCACACAAAUUUUUAUUUAUAUCUGAACUUAUUAUAAUUAUAUACAAAAUGUAGUUCGAAAGUUCAUUACAUUGUAACGUAUAAUAGUUUAACUAGCGUACGAUGUUUUUAGUUUUAAUUGUUUUUGUUUAAACAGAGUUAAUAUUAUUUAUGAGUAUUUAUUUUUGGCUGUGCGUUAGUGAUUUUUUUUGUAUAGUGAGAUAAUCAUAAUUAAAUUAGCUAUUUUGUUGUACGCUAAGUACUUUUGAUAUGACGACUUUUUGGCGUAAUCAUAGAUAAAAUAUCAUCAAGUAUGAAUUGUAUAUUUUCAAAAACGAAACUUAAUGUCUUCAUAACAUAUACAGAACGGAUGAAAAUCAGUACAGAAAUUACAAAUUAAUUUGUGUAGAAGGCUGUUAUGGUCAAUUUUACACGGUAGAUUUAAAGAUUUUGAAAUAUGCAAUUUCUUACUAGGUGUAUCGAGUCCACAAGUCGCUUUAAAUUGUAUUCAAAGGUUCUUACGUAAGACUAUUAUAUAUAUACACGUUUAACUUCCAGAGGAAGUAACUAUAGUUUUGUUUAUCUUUAUGAUUUGUUUACCCGCUCCAAAAAUAUUGUACCCUGGUAUUAUCUAUAAUUAGAUAUCAUCAAUUAAAAUGUGUUAUUUAAUUUCGCAUUGCUAUAGAAUAUCAAAUUAUCGUUAUGCAGACAAGAUCUUAUUUUAUUAACUAUUAAAAAAACUGCCAUUACAACUGCCCUUUUAUAUCAAAUUAUUAGAAAUCAAAGAACCGACUCAUCACUUUUUUUUUCUCUAUAAAUUAACUAGGUUAAAAGUUUUAUAGCCCGUGGGUACAGAUCAUUUCACUCUUUCAGUAUCCAGUAAUUUGACAUUUGGAAGAGUUAGACAAGGCAUCGUGUACUUAUACUAUUAUUAGUUUAUUUGGUUCAAUAAAUUUUGAAUGGAUCUAUUUUGCAUAACGCCAAAAUUGUUGGUGUUUAUUCUAUUGUAUACAAAUCUAAAAAGUUGUAAUUUAUAUAUAUAUAUUUUCAGGUUUCAUCAAUGUUUCUUUUUG